AUGGUCAGCAGGUCAGCGACCGUGCAGCGGAUUGGUGAAUACCAGCGCAUAUCCCCGAGCGUUCAAGCGGCGCUACCGAGGGACUGCGAGAUGGCAGCGUCGGCGCAGGACCAGAUCGUGGUCGAGGUGGCCGACCGACCACCCUCGCCGAAGCGACCGAGCCGCACCCUGAAACCGAGUGCGAAAGUGCGCGAGGCGAUGCAAUUGAUCGAAGACGCAGCCACCGUGGCAAAGACGACUACGAGCGAGGUUACGCGGACCGCCGCGUCGAGAGGAACACGCGCGGUGGGAACUGGAUAUGGAGUCAACGGUCGGAUCGAGACGGGGAAGUCGGGGCUACAGCUGGUUGUGAAGGCGAUCAAUGAACAACGGGACGAGAUGCACAAAAUGAUUACCGAGCAACGAAACACGAUCGGAGAACCACGCGAUUGUGAUUAG